AGAGAAAAAAGAGUUAAACAGGAAUAAGAAAGCAGAUGAGGCAAUGUGGGUAAUGAUUUUCCUUGCUUGUUGUAUGUGUGUGGAUGACAUCUGCAUAAAUGAUAUAGCAAAAGAGCAAGGCAAAUACACAAGAUAGAAUAGGCUGGAAAAUAUGAAUCAAAACUGUUACCUCUCAUCUUAUUAUUCUGUGUGGUUGAGUUUAUUUUUUCCAUAAUAGCAAUCUCUAAGGAAUGAAGAAGAAAUCCUUUUGAGUUUCACUUUUUCCAAGGUGUAUAUGCAUAUUAAAGUGAAAUAACAAGUCUGAUUUAUUCUUUGAAGUAUAGUUAAUAUGUAACGAAACUCUUUAGCCCAGCUGUAUACUCAGGGCAAACGCCUCUGUUUAUGUUCAUAGUGGGUAAGGAGGUGGGUGGAGGUGCCCUUUACCAGCUGACACUGUCAAAAACAGGAAGCAAAGUUAUAAUCUCUUUGUAGUAGAUCAGAAACAUUCAAAGGCUCUUAGCUGUGACAAUUAAAAAAACAACAAAAAAUGAGGUAAGGAAUUUUCACUCACUGCGAAGUGUGACUUCCUGUCUGGUAUUUAGAGGAGAUUCAGUUAGGUUUAGUCAGAUCCUCUCAUGGGAAAAAUAAAAGCCACCCCGAAACAGGACAUCCCAGUGUGCAGUUCGCAGGCUGCUUUUGUUAAAAUCCACUUCCUCUGCAUCUUUUUCCUCCUCACUUAAGCAAAUGUAGGUGAUGAGUGGCCCGGCGGCCACCGCAUUUCGUUGGAAAAAGUGCAGAUUUGAUUUGUCACGGCAAGUAGCUCGCCAGGCCAGCAAACAUUUACCAGAUGAACACAAUGACGUGCAGAAGAAAACUUUUACCAAAUGGAUAAAUGCUCGAUUUUCAAAGAGUGGAAAACCACCCAUCAGUGAUAUGUUCACAGACCUCAAAGAUGGAAGGAAGCUACUGGAUCUUCUAGAAGGCCUCACAGGAACCUCACUGCCGAAGGAACGUGGCUCCACAAGGGUACACGCUUUAAAUAAUGUUAACAGAGUGCUGCAGGUUUUACAUCAGAACAAUGUGGAUUUAGUGAAUAUAGGAGGAACGGACAUUGUAGACGGAAAUCACAAGCUGACUUUAGGAUUACUUUGGAGCAUCAUUUUGCACUGGCAGGUGAAAGAUGUCAUGAAGGAUAUCAUGUCAGACCUGCAGCAGACCAACAGCGAGAAGAUCCUGCUGAGCUGGGUGCGCCAGUCCACCAGGCCGUACAGCCAGGUCAACGUCCUCAACUUCACCACCAGCUGGACAGAUGGGCUUGCCUUCAAUGCAGUGCUCCACCGACAUAAACCCGAUCUCUUCAGCUGGGAUAGAGUUGUCAAAAUGUCCCCAAUUGAGAGACUUGAACAUGCCUUCAGCAAGGCUCAAACUUACUUAGGAAUUGAAAAGCUGUUAGAUCCUGAAGAUGUUGCUGUUCAGCUUCCUGACAAGAAGUCCAUAAUUAUGUAUUUAACAUCUUUGUUUGAGGUGCUACCUCAGCAAGUCACUAUAGAUGCCAUCCGUGAGGUAGAGACACUUCCAAGGAAAUAUAAGAAAGAAUGUGAAGAAGGAGAAAUUAACAUGCAGGUACAGAGCUCAGCGCCAGAGGAGGAGCAAGAGGGUCCCCGAGCUGAAACCCCCAGCACUGUCACCGAGGUUGACAUGGAUCUGGACAGCUAUCAGAUAGCACUGGAGGAAGUGCUGACCUGGUUGCUUUCUGCUGAGGACACUUUCCAGGAGCAGGAUGACAUUUCCGAUGAUGUUGAAGAAGUCAAAGACCAGUUUGCAACCCACGAAGCUUUUAUGAUGGAGCUGACAGCGCACCAGAGCAGUGUAGGCAAUGUCCUGCAGGCAGGAAACCAGCUGAUAACACAAGGAACUCUGUCAGAUGAAGAGGAGUUUGAGAUUCAGGAACAAAUGACCCUGCUGAAUGCCAGAUGGGAGGCACUCAGGGUGGCAAGUAUGGACAGACAGUCCCGGCUGCACGAUGUGCUCAUGGAACUGCAGAGGAAGCAACUACAGCAGCUCUCUGCCUGGUUAACACUCACAGAAGAACGCAUUCAGAAGAUGGAGACUUGCCCCCUAGAUGAUGACUUAAAAUCCCUACAAAAGCUGCUAGAAGAUCAUAAAAGUUUGCAAAAUGAUCUUGAGGCUGAACAGGUGAAGGUAAAUUCCCUAACUCACAUGGUGGUGAUUGUUGAUGAAAACAGUGGCGAGAGUGCUACAGCUAUUCUGGAAGAUCAGUUACAGAAACUUGGUGAACGUUGGACAGCUGUGUGCCGAUGGACUGAAGAACGUUGGAACAGGUUACAGGAAAUCAACAUUCUGUGGCAGGAAUUACUGGAAGAACAGUGCUUGUUGAAAGCAUGGUUAACUGAAAAAGGAGAGGCUUUAAAUAAAGUCCAGACGAGCAACUUCAAAGACCAAAAGGAACUAAGUGUCAGUGUUCGACGACUGGCUAUUUUGAAGGAAGACAUGGAAAUGAAGCGUCAAGUGUUGGAUCAGCUGAGUGAGAUUGGCCAGGAUGUGGGUCAGUUACUUGAUAAUCCUAAGGCAUCCAAGAAGAUCAACAGUGACUCAGAGGAACUGACUCAGAGAUGGGAUUCCUUGGUUCAGAGACUAGAAGAUUCCUCCAACCAGGUGACUCAGGCUGUUGCAAAGCUGGGAAUGUCCCAGAUUCCUCAGAAGGAUCUUUUGGAGACGGUUCGCCUAAGAGAACAAGUAACUACAAAAAGGUCUAAACAAGAGCUGCCUCCUCCUCCUCCCCCAAAGAAGAGACAGAUCCCUGUGGAUUUGGAAACUAAGAAAAGGUUUGAUGCUAUAAGUGCUGAGCUGUUGAACUGGAUCUUGAAAUCAAAGACUGCCAUUCAGGCCACAGAGAUAAAAGAGUAUAAGAAGAUGCAAGAAACAUCAGAAAUGAAAAAGAAGUUGAAGGGAUUAGAAAAGGAACAGAUGGAAAGACGUUCCAGACUAGAUGAAUUAAACCAAACCGGACAAAUCCUUUUGGAGCAAAUGGGAAAAGAAGGUCUUCCUACUGAAGAAAUAAAAAAUGUUCUGGAGAAGGUAGUAUCAGAAUGGAAGAAUAUAUCCCAGCAUUUGGAAGAUCUAGCAAGAAAGAUUCAGCUACAGGAGGAUAUAAAUGCUUAUUGUAAGCACCUUGAUGAGCUUGAAAAGACCAUAAAGACAAAAGAGGAGUGGGUAAAACACACGCCCUUUUCAGAAUCUCCCCAGCAGUCCUUGCCAAGCUUGAAGGAUUCCUGUCAGCAAGAAUUAACAGACCUCCGUAGCCACCAUCCCAAAAUUGAAAUGCUGCGUGCUAGCUGCUCAGCCCUGAAGUCUCAGCCUUCUGCCCCAGAUUUUGUCCAGCGGGAUUUUGAGAGCUUUGUGGGCCGUUACCAAGCUGUGCAACAGGAUUUAGAGGGGCGUCACCAACAGCUCGAGAAUGAAUUGAAGAGCCGACCUGGACGUGAAUAUUUGGAAACAUUGAAAACGCUGACAGAUCUGCUAAAUGAUUCCGAAAAUAAGGCCCAGACGUCUUUGAAUGUCUUGAAUGAUCUUGCAAAGGUGGAGAAGGCCCUGCAGGAAGAAAAGGCCCUUGAUGAAAUCCUAGAGAAUCAAAAACCUGUACUGCAUAAACUUGCAGAAGAAACAAAGGCUUUGGAGAAAAAUGUUUCUCCAGAUGUAGAAAAACUAUAUAAGCAAGAAUUUGAUGAUGUUCAAGGAAAGUGGAACAGACUAAAGGCCAAGGUUUCCAAAGAUCUGCAUUUGCUUGAAGAAAUUACCCCCAAACUCAGAACUUUUGAGGCUGAUUCGAAAGUCAUUGAGAAGUGGAUGGAUGGUGUGAAAGACUUCUUAAUGAAAGAGCAGGCUGUCCAAGGAGAUGCCGAAGGGCUACAAAGACAGCUUGACCAGUGCUCUGCAUUUGUUAAUGAAAUAGAAACAAUUGAAUCAUCUCUGAAAGACAUGAAAGAAAUAGAAGCUAACCUUCGAAGCUCUCCAGUUGCUGGAAUCAAAACCUGGAUGCAAACAAAACUAGCUGACUACCAAACACGACUGGAGAAAUGUAGCAAAGAGAUUACUAUUCAGAAAAAUAGGUUGUCUGAAAGUCAGGAAAAAGUGGUGAACCUGAAAAAAGACUUGGCAGAGAUGCAGGAAUGGAUGACCCAAGCAGAAGAAGAUUACCUGGAGAGAGAUUUUGAAUACAAGUCACCAGAAGAACUUGAGAGUGCUGUGGAGGAAAUGAAGAGGGCGAAAGAGGAUGUGCUGCAGAAGGAGGUGAGAGUGAAGAUUCUCAAGGACAACAUCAAGUUAUUAGCUGCAAAAGUGCCCUCUGGUGGCCAGGAAUUGACGUCUGAGCUGAAUGUUGUGCUGGAGAAUUACCAACUUCUCUGUAAUAGAAUUCGCGGAAAGUGCCACACGCUGGAGGAGGUAUGGUCUUGUUGGAUUGAACUGCUUCACUAUUUGGAUCUGGAGACCACCUGGCUAAACACUUUGGAAGAGCGGAUGAAGAGCACAGAGGCCCUGCCUGAGAAGACAGAUGCUGUCAGCGAAGCCCUGGAGUCUCUAGAAUCUGUUUUGCGACAUCCAGCGGACAAUCGCACCCAGAUUCGGGAACUUGGCCAGACUCUGAUCGAUGGAGGGAUCCUCGAUGAUAUCAUCAGUGAGAAACUGGAGGUGUUCAACAGUCGAUAUGAAGAGCUGAGUCACCUGGCAGAGAGCAAGCAGAUUUCUUUGGAAAAGCAACUCCAGGUCCUGCGUGAAACUGACCACAUGCUUCAGGUCUUGCAGGAGAGCUUAGGGGAGUUGGACAAGCAGCUCACAACGUACUUGACCGACAGGAUAGAUGCCUUCCAAGUUCCUCAGGAAGCCCAGAAAAUCCAAGCGGAGAUCUCAGCCCACGAGCUAACCCUAGAGGAGCUGAGAAGAAACACACGUUCUCAGCCUCCCACCUCCCCAGAAGGCCGGAGAGGAGGAAGUCAGAUGGAUGUGCUGCAGAGGAAACUUCGAGAGGUGUCCACAAAGUUCCAGCUUUUCCAGAAGCCUGCUAACUUUGAACAGCGCAUGCUUGACUGCAAGCGUGUGUUGGAGGGUGUGAAAGCAGAACUUCAUGUUCUGGAUGUGAAGGAUGUGGACCCUGAUGUCAUACAGACCCACUUGGACAAGUGUAUGAAACUCUAUAAAAUUUUGAGUGAAGUCAAGCUUGAAGUGGAGACUGUAAUCAAAACAGGAAGGCACAUUGUCCAGAAGCAGCAAACUGACAACCCCAAGGGGAUGGAUGAACAGCUGACAUCUCUGAAGGUUCUCUACAAUGACCUGGGCGCCCAGGUCACAGAGGGAAAACAGGAUCUAGAAAGAGCAUCACAGUUGGCUCGGAAAAUGAAGAAAGAGGCUGCUUCUCUCUCUGAAUGGCUUUCUGUUACUGAAACUGAAUUGGUACAGAAAUCCACUUCAGAAAGUUUGCUUGGUGACUUGGAUACAGAAAUUUCCUGGGCUAAAAAUAUUCUGAAAGAUCUGGAAAAGAGAAAAGCUGAUUUAAAUACCAUCACAGAGAGUAGUGCUGCCCUGCAGAACUUGAUCGAGGGCAGUGAGCCUGUUUUAGAAGAGAAGCUCUGUGUCCUUAAUGCCGGGUGGAGCCGGGUUCGCACCUGGACCGAGGAUUGGUGCAACACCUUGAUGAACCACCAAAACCAGUUGGAAAUAUUUGAUGGAAAUGUUGCUCACAUAAGCACCUGGCUUUAUCAAGCUGAAGCGCUAUUGGAUGAGAUAGAAAAAAAGCCAGCAAGUAAACGGGAAGAAAUUGUGAAGCGUUUACUCUCUGAGCUGGAUGAUGCUAACCUCCAAGUAGAAAAUGUCCGUGAUCAAGCUGUUGUUUUGAUGAAUGCACGUGGAGGCUCAAGCAAGGAGCUUGUAGAACCAAAAUUAGCUGAAUUGAAUAGAAACUUUGAAAAGGUUUCUCAACACAUCAAAAGUGCCAAAUUGCUGAUUGGCCAGGAACCAUUAUCAUACCAAUAUCUGGUCACCACUGAAGCAUUUGAAGCUGGUGUGCCUUUCUCUGACUUUGAAAAAUUAGAAAAUGAUAUAGAAAAUAUGUUAAAAGUUACAGAAAAGCGCUUGGAAUCCAGUGAUGAAGAUGAAAAGAUGGAUGAGGAGAGAGCCCAGAUUGAGGAAGUUCUACAAAGAGGAGAACAAAUGUUACAUCAACCUAUGGAGGAUAAUAAAAAAGAAAAGAUCCGUUUGCAGUUACUACUUUUGCACACAAGAUACAACAAAACUAAGGCAAUCCCUAUUCAACAGAGAACAGGUCAUCUCCCUUCUGGAAUUAGCUCACCACCUCUCCCCACAGAUUAUCUGGUUGAAAUUAACAAAGUUUUACUUUCCAUGGAUGAUGUUGAAUUGUCACUUAAUACUCCAGAACUGAGCUCUGUUGUCUAUGAAGACUUCUCUUUUCAGGAAGAUUCUCUGAAGACUAUCAAAGACCAACUGGACAAGCUCGGAGAGCAGAUUGCAAUCAUUCAUGAAAAACAGCCAGAUGUUAUCCUUGAAGCUUCUGGACCUGAAGCCAUUCAGAUCCGAGAUACACUUACUCAGUUGAAUGCAAAAUGGGACAGAAUUAAUAGAAUGUACAAUGAUCAUAAAGGUUAUUUCGAUAGGGCUGUGGAAGAAUGGAGACAGUUCCAUUGUGACCUUAAUGACCUCACACAGUGGAUAACGGAAGCUGAAGAGUUGCUGGCUGAUACUUUUGCUCCAGAUGGUGGCCUGGACUUAGAGAAAGCCAGGAUACAUCAGCAGGAGCUCGAGGAGGGCAUUGGCAGCCACCAACCCAGUUUUGCAGCACUAAACAGAACUGGGGAUGGGAUUGUACAGAAACUCUCCCCGACAGAUGGAAGCUUCUUGAAGGACAAGCUGGCAAGUUUAAACCAACGCUGGGGUGCGAUCGCUGCAGAAGUGAAGGAUCGGCGGCCAAGGUUAAAAGGAGAAAGUAAGCAGGUGAUGGAUUAUAGAAAAAGACUAGAUGAGAUUAUCUGUUGGUUAACAAAGGCCGAGAAUGCUGUGCAAAAAAGAUCAACCACUGAGCUGGAAGAAAACCUGCAAGAAUUAACAGACUUAAUCCAGGAGAUGGAUGAUCAAGCUGAAAAACUCAAAUGGCUGAAUAGAACUGAAUUAGAAAUGCUUUCAGAUAAAAGUCUGAGUUUACAUGAAAGAGAAAAAAUUUCAGAAAGCUUAAGAACUGUAAAUUCGACAUGGAAUAAGAUAUGCAGAGAAGUGCCUAGUGCGCUGAAGGAACGCAUCCAGGAACCCUGUUCUGUUGCUCAGACAAGAAUUGCUGCUCAUCCCAGUGUCCAAAAGGUGGUGCUAGCAUCAUCUGCAUCAGAUAUUCCUGUUCAGUCUCCUCGUACUUCAGAAAUUUCAGUUCCUGCUGAUCUGGAUAAAACGAUAACAGAACUGGCCGACUGGCUGGUGUUGAUCGACCAGAUGCUGAAGUCUAACAUUGUCACUGUCGGGGAUGUAGAAGAGAUCAAUAAGACAAUCUCCCGAAUGAAAAUCACAAAGGCUGACUUAGAACAGCGCCAUCCUCAGCUUGAUUAUGUUUUUACAUUGGCACAGAAUUUGAAAAAUAAAGCUUCCAGUUCAGAUGUGAGAACAGCAAUCACAGAAAAAUUGGAAAAGGUCAAGAACCAGUGGGACAGCACCCAGCAUGGUGUGGAGUUAAGACAGCAGCAGCUGGAGGACAUGAUUAUUGACAGUCUUCAGUGGGAUGACCACAGGGAAGAGACGGAGGAGCUCAUGAGAAAAUAUGAGGCUCGCCUCUAUAUUCUUCAGCAAGCUCGAAGGGAUCCACUUAUCAAACAAAUUUCUGAUAAUCAAAUGUUGCUUCAAGAACUGGCUCCUGGUGCUGGUAUCGUAAUGGCAUUCGAUAAUGUCCUGCAGAAACUGCUGGAGGAAUAUGGCAGUGAUGACACUAGGAAUGUGAAAGAAACCACGGAGUACUUAAAAACAUCAUGGAUCAAUCUAAAACAAAGCAUUGCUGACAGACAGAGUGCCUUGGAGGGUGAGCUGAGGACAGUGCAGGCCUCUCGCAGGGAUCUGGAGAACUUCCUAAAGUGGAUACAAGAAGCAGAAACCACAGUUAAUGUGCUUGCGGAUGCCUCUCAGCGGGAGAAUGCUCUUCAGGAUGCUGUCCUGGCCAGGGAGCUCACACAGCAGAUGCAGGACAUCCAGGCAGAAAUUGAUGCCCACAGUGACAUAUUUAAAAGCCUCGAUGGAAACAGGCAGAAGAUGGUAAAAGCUUUGGGAAAUUCUGAAGAGGCUACUAUGCUUCAGCAUCGACUGGAUGAUAUGAACCAGAGAUGGAACGACUUAAAAGCAAAAUCUGCCAGUAUCAGGGCUCAUUUGGAGGCCAGUGCUGAGAAGUGGAACAGGUUGCUGACGUCUUUAGAAGAACUGAUCAAAUGGCUGAAUAUGAAAGAUGAAGAGCUUAGAAAACAAAUGCCUAUUGGAGGGGAUGUCCCAGCCUUACAACUCCAGUAUGAUCAUUGUAAAGCACUGAGACGUGAGUUAAAGGAGAAAGAGUAUUCUGUCCUGAAUGCUAUAGACCAAGCUCGAGUUUUCCUGGCUGAUCAACCAAUUGAGGCCCCUGAAGAACCAAGAAGAAACCUACAAUCAAAAACAGAAUUGACUCCUGAGGAGAGAGCCCAAAAGAUUGCCAAAGCCAUGCGUAAGCAGUCUUCUGAAGUCAAAGAGAAGUGGGAAAGUCUAAAUGCUGUUACUAGCAAUUGGCAAAAGCAAGUGGACAAGGCGUUGGAGAAGCUCAGAGACCUGCAGGGAGCGAUGGAUGACCUGGAUGCUGACCUGAAGGAGGCGGAGGCCGUGCGGAAUGGCUGGAAGCCUGUGGGAGACUUGCUCAUCGACUCGCUGCAAGACCACAUUGAGAAAACCAUGGCAUUUAGAGAAGAAAUUGCACCAAUCAACUUAAAAGUUAAAACAGUGAAUGAUUUAUCCAGUCAGUUGUCUCCACUUGACCUGCACCCAUCUCUAAAGAUGUCUCGCCAGUUGGAUGACCUUAAUAUGCGAUGGAAACUUUUUCAGGUUUCUGUGGACGAUCACCUGAAACAGCUUCAGGAAGCCCAUAGAGAUUUUGGACCAUCCUCCCAGCAUUUUCUCUCUACUUCAGUCCAGCUGCCAUGGCAAAGAUCCAUUUCACAUAAUAAAGUGCCCUAUUACAUCAAUCAUCAAACACAGACAACCUCUUGGGAUCAUCCUAAAAUGACUGAACUCUUUCAAUCUCUUGCUGACCUGAAUAAUGUACGUUUCUCUGCCUACCGUACAGCCAUCAAAAUCCGAAGACUACAAAAAGCACUAUGUUUGGAUCUCUUAGAGUUGAAUACAACAAAUGAAGUUUUCACACAGCACAAGCUCAACCAAAACGAUCAGCUUCUUAGUGUUCCAGAUGUCAUCAACUGUCUGACAACAAUUUAUGAUGGCCUUGAACAAAUGCAUAAAAAUCUGGUCAACGUUCCUCUCUGUGUGGAUAUGUGUCUCAACUGGCUACUCAAUGUAUAUGAUACGGGUCGGACUGGAAAAAUAAGAGUGCAGAGUCUGAAGAUUGGAUUGAUCUCUCUCUCCAAAGGUCUCUUAGAAGAAAAAUACAGAUAUCUCUUUAAGGAAGUGGCUGGGCCCACGGAAAUGUGUGACCAGAGACAGCUUGGCCUGUUACUUCAUGAUGCCAUCCAGAUCCCUCGGCAACUGGGGGAAGUAGCAGCUUUUGGGGGCAGUAAUAUUGAACCCAGCGUUCGCAGCUGCUUCCAACAGAAUAACAACAAGCCAGAGAUAAGUGUGAAAGAGUUUGUAGACUGGAUGCGUCUGGAACCACAGUCCAUGGUUUGGCUGCCGGUUCUACAUCGAGUGGCAGCAGCUGAGACUGCAAAACAUCAGGCCAAAUGCAACAUCUGUAAAGAAUGUCCAAUUGUUGGAUUCAGGUAUAGAAGCCUAAAGCAUUUUAACUAUGAUGUCUGCCAGAGUUGCUUUUUUUCCGGUCGAACAGCAAAAGGUCACAAAUUACAUUACCCAAUGGUGGAAUAUUGUAUACCUACAACAUCUGGGGAAGAUGUACGGGACUUCACAAAGGUGCUGAAGAAUAAGUUCAGAUCGAAGAAAUACUUUGCCAAACAUCCUCGGCUUGGCUACCUGCCUGUCCAGACAGUUCUUGAAGGUGACAACUUAGAGACUCCUAUCACACUCAUCAGUAUGUGGCCAGAGCACUACGACCCUUCACAGUCUCCUCAGCUGUUUCAUGAUGAUACCCAUUCAAGAAUAGAACAGUAUGCUACACGACUGGCCCAGAUGGAAAGGACUAAUGGGUCUUUCCUCACUGAUAGCAGCUCUACCACAGGAAGUGUAGAGGACGAGCAUGCCCUCAUCCAGCAGUACUGCCAGACGCUCGGAGGGGAGUCCCCCGUGAGCCAGCCCCAAAGUCCCGCUCAGAUCCUGAAGUCGGUAGAGAGGGAAGAACGCGGAGAGCUGGAGCGGAUCAUUGCUGACCUCGAGGAAGAACAAAGAAAUCUGCAAGUGGAAUACAAGCAGCUGAAAGAGCAGCACUUGAGAAGGGGCCUCCCCGUUGGCUCCCCUCCAGACUCUGUUGUGUCUCCUCAUCACACGUCGGAGGAUUCAGAACUUAUAGCAGAAGCAAAACUCCUCCGGCAGCAUAAAGGGCGGCUGGAGGCUAGAAUGCAGAUUCUGGAAGAUCACAACAAGCAGCUGGAGUCUCAGCUCCACCGACUUCGGCAGCUGCUGGAGCAGCCUGAAUCUGAUUCCCAAAUCAAUGGCGUCUCCCCCUGGGCUUCACCUCAGCAAUCCGCACUGAACUACUCGCUGGAUCCGGACCCCGGCCCACAGUUCCAUCAAGCAGCGGCAGAGGACCUGCUGGCCCCCCCUCAUGACACCAGCACAGACCUCACAGAGGUUAUGGAGCAGAUCAACAGUACAUUUCCAUCUUGCUGCCCAAAUCUCCCCAGCAGGCCACAGGCAAUGUGAAGUAUUCAUCUAGCCAACCAACAUUUCUUAACUUACAGUAUUGCCCUUUUCAGCAAAUGCCAAUUUCAAGUUCCAUUUAAUCAGAAGCUCCAUGGCUCUUUGAAUCAUGCUGUUGAGCGCUGACUGUGUGUUCUACUGAAGGAGUAAAACACUGACUAUCCAAAGAGAAAAGGAUAUUUUGUUUUUAUAAUAAUCAUAUAUUAUUGUUUUCUUCUUCCCUUUCUAUGCAACUGUAAAUUAAUGAACAGAGUGGUAUUUGGAAGUGGUAAUACACUUGUCACUGAUUUGUAUACUGUAUAGAGUAUUGGAAAAGUGGGUGGGAGCUUUCUAAUAUGAUACCUUCUCUUUAAUAACCAUAAAAAUUGCGUAAGAAUUAGAAGACAAUUUUACAUUUUUACAUUCCUUCAUAUUAACCUUGUACAAUAACUUCAUUUGUUGCUUUGACUCUUUUACCAUUAUGUUUUGGUUAUUUAUAAUUCAUCAGCCACAUGACCAAAUAGAUUUUCUUUAUUUGUUUCCAUGAUAUGGCCAAAUUAAUAAGUUCAUAUAUUUCAAUCAAAUAUUAUAUGUUUAUGGAUUAGACUACAGCUCUGUGUAUGCUGUUUAACUUUAUUUGACAUCGUACACUUAUUUCUUUAGCGAUCACUUGGAUAACCACAAUAAAAAUCCUGUGGGCCUAACUGGCAUUUCUAUUUGGAUUUUUUUUCCUGCAUUUUAUUUCCCUGCUCUGUAUCAGUAGGUCUUGAUUUCUUUAUUUAUUUCAUGUUCCAAUCUAUAUGACAGGAUUAUAAUAAUCUCAAAGAUCAUUUUACCAAAGGUUGCCCAUUUAAGCAUAUUUUCAUUUUGACACAGAAACAAAACUUGGUCCAACUUUUCCUGGUUCCCAGGUCUUGAUUUGCAUCAUUCAAUACACAGCAGACAUUUACCUAAUUGUGAUACCAAAACACAUGGCUGUCUUUGGUUCCCUUUGAAGAAAGUUUUACAGUUGUUUAUGUAUACUCAAGCCCUCUGUGACUCUUGAAGCCCCCAGUUAUUUUCCUUCUGAAAGCAGACACAAAUUUAAUGAAUGUCCCAUUUUACCUUUUGAGUGAAUGAAUAGCCAUUUUAUUACCCUUCAUUUGAUCAAUACAUUUGGGAACAAUGUUCAUCAAAAGCCUAUAUCACUGCUUCUAUAGAAGAAUGAAAUUAAUGCUUAGAUGCUGGCACCCUGGCUUAUACCUUUGAGUGCAUUCAGUUGGGUAUUUGGUUCGGCUUCUGAUUUAACAUGUAUUUGAUUCAGUUUAAACAUGUUAUGUGAUUUACCAAAUGUAGAGAAACCAAAAAAAGUGAAAGUAAUGUGUUUUGAUUCAAGCAUAUAUGCUUUUAAAACAUCAGGACAUUUUAACUUUGAGUUCUCUUUAACUGGGAUCUGGCCAGAAGGAGGCUUAAAGUUAGAAAUUCCUACUCUUUUAGAAUAGGUUGGGUGGGUUGGGGGGCAAGGGUGUCUAUUUGCAGCAGAGAUAUUUUGAGAAGAAAAUUGUUUUAUAUAAGAGGAAAGCCAUGACCACCUUUCUACCUCAGAUCCGUCUUCAUCCAUCGUGUUGGAAAUAGCUUUAUGCUACUGCAGUCUGAAAAAUCUAAAGCUUUUAUCAGACCACAUCAUACCCAGUAAAAGUACCUAUUUAAAGAAAAAAAAAUUCCCUGAACUCUGAACUACAAGUUGUAAAUUUGGUGUCUUCCUUGUCCUUACUUUGAAAAGUUACAUAUUAAUUUUUUUCUGCCUGUAAUUGUGUGCAACAUGUUCUCUAUCUGCUAUUAAGGAAAAGCUACAUAAAACACUACAUUGUAACCUUCUAAGGAAUAAUAAAUAUAAAGAAAUAUAUUGCAGUAACAACAAGGGGAAAUAAGUAUGUAGUUCUUUUGAAAUAUGUGGUAAAGAACUAAUCAUAGACUAUCAUCUAAUCUGGUUACAUCUGUAUUUUUCAUCCUGAAUAAAAG